CCGAUUCGGCAAACGGACAGACGUAUCGAAGACGAGCCGCCUCUUUCUAUCAUCCUGGAGGUGGGUCGCCUACAGUGGGCGGUGAGGCUCAAAGUCCCGCCCCAUGAGCACGGCUCUCCUCUCAGCGGACGCCACCUGGCGCAGUGGGUAGAGUGCCAGCUCGGCCCCCCAGCGCACAAGCAGCAGUUCAUGUUCAAAGGCUUCACCUGGGUACCGGAUAUGGGCGUCUGGUCUACGUCAUUGCGCGCGCUCGGGGUGAAGAACGGGGAUAGGAUUCAGCUGGUGUCCACUCCUCCCCUCAGUUCUGACUGGAGAGAUUGUGAACGACUGGAUACCGCAGGCAGACAACUACAGACCUACAGACAGACACUGGCCAGACUUACGAACCAAUGGAACCUAGGCCCUGACAAAGCUACGCAAAGACUUUGAGGACAUGAAAACCAAACUGAGAAAGGAAAUUCAGACCCUGAGCUCGCUGACCUUUGACUACCGGAACUGCUUGUGCCAGGCACGCCGCAGACAGCUGGUGGACGCCACGCAGAGGCAGAUCGACAAGUGUACCGAUGUAUCAGGAGCAAUUUUCCAGCGGUUGUCCCUGUCCCACUCCAUGUCCCGAGUUGGCCGCCUGUACCCAGUGGAGAGAAGUGUGCGGCCCGUCAGAUGAACUCACGGCGCCCUAUAGGGUCAACACACAGGGGAAAACACAACACACGGCGUCUAUAGGAUCAACACAAAGCCACACAGAACAGGCUUAUCUGUGUGCUGUUCUGUGUGGCUUUAUGUCAACACAUUGGGGGUAAACACACGGCGCCCUACAGGGUCAACACACUGGGGGAAAACACAACACACGGCGCCCUAUAGGGUCAACACACUGGGGGAAAACACAACAUACGGCGCCCUAUAGGGUCAACAUAGCGGAGUAAACACAACACACGGCGCCCUAUAGGGUCAACACACAGGGGGAAAACACAACACACGGCGCCCUAUAGGGUCAACACACAGGGGGAAAACACAACACACGUCGCCCUAUAGGAGGGUCAACACACAGGGGGAAACCACAACACACGUCGCCCUAUAAGGUCAACACACCGGGGUAAACACACGGUGCCUUAUAAAGGUCAACAUAUCGGGGUAAACACAACACACGGUGUCCUGUAGGGUCAACACACUGGAGUAAAUACAACACACGGCGCCCUACAGGGUCAGCACAUCGGGUCAAAUUCAAAUCAAAGCAACGAAACAAUUCCGUCUCUCGACCUCUUUUAAUGUAAAAAUUGCUUUCAAAUACAUUACAUGUAUAUUAUUUUAGAUUCACGUGCGUAUUUUCAUACUCAGACUCUGAAAUUUGAAUACGUGUAUCGAUAUUGCAAACCGGAAGUUAUUCAAUGGUAAAUUACGAUAGCUACUCCGUGGUGUGAGCCAAGUGGCGCCUGGAAAAGGAGGGUGGGGUGUGAUGGGGUUGGAGUAUGGGAGAUUUAUUGUGUAACGGUAGCUACUCCAUGGUGGUCCACAAAGGACGACGGCUGUAGAGGCAACCAUGACCAAGAGCACACCCACAGCACGUCUUUGAUCGCCCCCCCCCCUCCCCUCAGAAUAUUAACUGGAGUCCUAUGUAUACAAUUAUGUAUAUGAAUCACCAUAAAUAUCCAUGAGUAAUUAUUAUUUUAGACAAUUCUCGGGAAUCAGAAAAAAAUAUUUGAUACUCCGUUUUAUAAUAAUAUGCUACGU